UCGGACUACGAGCUAGGCUCAGAACUACAGUUCCCAGCAGGCAACUGGGCGCCAGAAGGCGGCUGCAGGAGAGCGGGAUGCAGAACUCCGCGCGCGCGGUGGUGAUGGAACGUUGCUAAUUCGCGGGUCCGGCUGCUGGGGCACCGGGGAAUCACUCUAAGCAGCGCGCUAGAACGGGAGUCUGGAAAGCAGGCAGCUCUUCAAUUAAUUCAAGCAUUCAAAACUCCUGAAUCAGUAGACGCCAUGCAUAGGAAGCACCUUCAGGAGAUUCCGGACCAGAGUAGCAACGUCACCACGAGCUUCACGUGGGGAUGGGAUUCCAGCAAGACUUCUGAACUGCUGUCAGGCAUGGGUGUCUCUGCGUUGGAGAAGGAAGAGGUGGACAGUGAGAACAUCCCACAUGGACUGCUCUCAAACCUCGGCCACCCCCAGAGCCCUCCAAGGAAACGAGUAAAGAGCAAAGGGAGUGACAAAGACUUUGUGAUCAUCCGUCGGCCUAAACUCAAUCGAGAGAACUUUCCAGGUGUCUCCUGGGACUCCCUUCCAGAUGAGUUACUGCUUGGGAUCUUUUCCUGUCUGUGCCUCCCUGAGCUGCUGAGAGUCUCUGGGGUUUGCAAGAGGUGGUACCGCCUCUCGCUCGAUGAGUCUCUCUGGCAGUCCCUAGACCUUGCGGGUAAAAAUCUGCACCCAGACGUGACUGUGCGCUUGCUCUCUCGAGGGGUGGUCGCCUUCCGCUGCCCACGAUCAUUUAUGGAGCAGCCGCUGGGUGAAAGCUUCAGCUCUCUCCGGGUACAGCACAUGGACCUGUCGAACUCGGUGAUAAAUGUGUCAAACCUCCACAGGAUUCUGUCCGAGUGCUCCAAGCUGCAGAAUCUAAGCCUGGAAGGCCUGCAGCUCUCAGAUCCCAUUGUCAAUACUCUUGCGCAGAAUGAAAACUUGGUGCGACUAAACCUCUGUGGGUGCUCUGGAUUUUCCGAAUCUGCUGUGGCCACUCUGCUAAGCAGCUGUUCCAGACUGGAUGAACUAAAUCUCUCCUGGUGCUUUGACUUUACUGAGAAGCAUGUGCAAGCAGCUGUGGCCCAUUUACCAGACACCAUCACCCAACUGAACCUCAGUGGCUACCGAAAGAACCUCCAGAAAACAGAUCUUUGUACCAUAAUUAAACGAUGCCCCAACCUCAUCCGCCUCGACUUAAGUGACAGUAUCAUGCUAAAGAAUGACUGCUUUCCAGAAUUUUUUCAACUCAACUACCUCCAACACCUCUCACUCAGCCGGUGCUAUGAUAUAAUACCUGAUACUCUACUUGAACUUGGAGACAUCCCCACACUAAAAACACUACAAGUUUUUGGGAUCGUGCCAGACGGUACCCUUCAGCUGCUGAGGGAAGCUCUUCCUCGUCUGCAGAUUAAUUGCGCCUAUUUCACCUCCAUUGCAAGGCCAACUAUGGACAACAAGAAGAACCCGGAGAUUUGGGGUAUCAAGUGCCGACUGACUCUGCAAAAGCCCAGUUUAUGAAGUGCUUACCACAGGGCGGUGUCUCCUCUGGACUGAGGGCCACAGGCAGCCACUCCGCUUGCUGGAGACCUUGGCUACUCUUCCCACUGGUUUUACCUUAGCCCUCACUUUACAUGUAUGUUAGGGACCAUUUGCGAGGGACAGCCACGAAGCGUUACUUUUUUAAAACUAUAGAGAUGAUUCUGUCAGUGCUGUUCCCUAAGGGCCUAAGUGUUAGGUCUUUGGAAAUUUUAGGUGAGCCUAUUAUUUCAAAGUGCUUUUUUAAAGCAAAAUUUGAGCCAACUCUUCCAAGUGCCCUUCUGAUUAAGUCUAUUUAGAAUCAAGUUUUAAAAAUUGCCCGUGGCUAACAAUCUUCAUGGUGUUUGUCAUAACUUUUUAUCUAUUUAAUUAUUCAGUAUUUUAUAAAACUUGACUUUGAAGAAUAAGCUAUAUAUAUGGUGAGUGGACGGAAAGCAGCAGAGGCUGGCAGCGUUUGAAGUAGUCUUUCUGGGAAUUAAUACAUUUCAACUUUGUGUGCAGGUAUGAGGUUAGUUUAACAGAAGUACAGCCCUGCAUGAUGUACCUAAAACUCUAAAUGAGAAAAAAGAGACAGAGACACAACCGAAAGCAGGAGGAUAGGAUUGGUGCCGGAUUUAAAACCUCAAAGGCUGUUCCUCUAAAACCAGGUUAAUAUGAAGUAUCAUUUAAUGUUUUUAGGAACUAUGCUAUGUUUCCAGAAUCUUAAAUUAGGUAAGGAAAUCUCCUUGUGUGCUUUUUAAACUUUAUAAUCAAUGUAUGCUACAAUGUAUGUGGGUUGUUUAGCUUUUUAAAGUUACUUGCUUUGUUUUAGGAAUGUGAUAUUAUUCUAGUCAGCAUUCUGAGAAGUCAGAUAGAAUUCUGAGCUGAUAAAGUCUGCUGAUCAUUCCUUUAGUAAUGCAGUUAUUUUUAUAUUACUCUGAAAUCAAGGACUUGAAAUUCUUUUAAGUGAUCUUAUACAGUAAUUGCUUGAAACUGCCCCACUAGGUUACUGGACCUAAAGUUGUUACGUAGAACUGAUUUCUGUCCAUCAGAAAUCUACAGGGGAAGCGUGCCCACGUGCAGCUUCAGAGCAGGUGGCACGGUUUGCACUUCACCUAAGUGUUUAAGAAUCACUGGGCAUUAAACCUUUUGGUAACAGAUGUGUUUUUUUAGCACUUGAUACACAGAAGCAAAAGGAUCAAAUUGUGUUUCUUAGAAAACAGAAAGAAAAAAAAUUAAGGCAGUUAACUCUUUAGAGUAUUUCAGAGCUACAAUCCCUUUCUAUUAACCUCUUCAUCAGAAACUUAUAGUUAACACCGUGAAGUGCCUUCAUCUGCUCAGACCUAAAGAACAUUUUUGAGUGUCACACAAGAAUGGUCAUGCUUCAAUUCCCUAGUAGUUAAAAGAGUGCUAACUACUACUUGAAACUAUUGUUUACACAUUAGUGAUGGGCUGAUGGUGGACUCUGGUUGGACUCUGACCUCUAGAUGCCCUCAGACAUACAGUACCUGUUCUUCCUUACGCAAGUCCAGCUGUGAGCUAUUUUGCCAACAUGUUGCGGUAAUACAUGUCGCAGUAAUCUGUAUUUUUGUAUGUGAUUUCUACUUUUAUAGACUGAUUUUAAAAUAAAGUACGUUUUUAUAAGAACAA